AAAUAACUUGCAAGACAGAAAAUAGAAUUUUAAUGUCUGCCCCACCUGCCCUGAACGUGGCCGCUGGUUGCUUUGUAGCUAUGCAUGAGCUAGUACUCCAUUGUUUCCACUAGCUUCUAAAGCCACUAAGUCAGAAUUGGCUGCACAAUUGGCUUUUUGGUCUUAAUUUAGGGUUAGGCAUAAGGUUAGCAGUGUGGUUAAGGUUAGGUGUAAAAUCCAAUUUUAAGAACAUAAAUUGUAGAAAUGGGCAGAGUUUAUGACUGUGGCUAUAGAAGCUAAGAGCCUUUUACAUUGCUAGCUAGCGCACUAAAGUUAACACACAAUCACAUCAAGCAGCUGAAAUUACAGCAAACUAUGUGCAUUUUCGUUUGUUUCACCUUUGUUUCUUUCUAUUGUCAUUUCUUUGAAAUUAUCCAUUAUAAUGAUCCUGAUAAAUGAAUUGACAUGGCUCAGAAGCUGUCAGUCUUGUCACAUUUAUUCUCUAUGCAUGACAUUGUGGAGUUCGCAAAAAAAACUGCACAGGUCAGAGGCAAACAAGGUUUAGACAAACCCCAACUGUUUAAACCAAAUGCUAGCCUAGUAGCAUGGGGAAAUAUUGUUUAGAUACUUUUUUCCAGGGGAGAAGUACGUUUCUGAAUUGGCUGUGAGACAGUGGAUGCGCAUUGUGAAUUCAAAUGGAACUGUUAAUAGGGAUGGUGGUGAAUAACUAAAUCCUUACUAUUAACCAAUCAGCAUCCAGGAACCAAACAACCCGUUUUAUAAUAGGCCAGGGGUGUAUUCAUUCCGCCAAUUCUGUUGCAAAACGCUUCUUAAAGGAAGCAAACAGAGCGAAUCAGGGAGGGACCUACCUGAAUUUGUCCAAUAGAAACCCUCGUUUUAGUUGCAACUGUUAGCCAGAAUGAAUACAGCCCAGCUCUCGUCCUCCUGACCUAGUGAGAGACAACUCUGUAAACUUUGACACGAUUAAGAUUUGGGCAAGAUUUUGACAGAAUGGGACACGCGCACUGCUGUACUGUGCUUCUUAUAGUAUUCCUUGCGCUACAGCAAGCUGCUGGAUUUUGGCUCUUCGAUGUCUUUCCAUCAAGUUUAAAAACUCAAAACAAAGUGCCAAACAAUAGCACUCCGCCGGUUCUUAUAGUGCCUGGGACUGCAGGAAACCAGCUUGAAGCCAAGAUUGACAAGCCAAGCCGUGUGCAUUGGAUGUGCUACAAAAAGACAGAUUACUUUUUCACACUUUGGAUUGACUUGAAUAUGUUCAUGCCAAUUGGAAUUAACUGUUGGAUUGAUAAUAUAAGAAUUGUAUACAAUAGGACAACUCGCAAGUCAUCCAAUUCUGCAGGGGUGUCUGUGAGAGUGCCUGGUUUUGGACAGACAUAUACUGUUGAGUUCUUGGACAACAACAAGCUGUCAGGUUAUUUUAAUAAUAUGGUUACACAUUUGGUCAACAUGGGAUAUGUCCGCAAUGAGGCUGUCCGAGCAGCACCAUAUGACUUCAGAGUAGCUCCGAAUGAGCAGGAGGAAUACUUUGCACGACUGAAGAAGCUGAUUGAGGAUAUGUACGAGCGAGAUCAACAACCACUUUACAUCCUGGGCCAUAGCAUGGGAAGCAAUUAUGUCCUCUACUUCUUAUAUCAGCAGACCCAGGCUUGGAAAGAGGAAUACAUCAAAGGCUUCAUUUCACUUGGAGCACCCUGGGGUGGGGCUGUCAAGACCCUUCGAGUACUAGCAUCAGGUGAAAAUCUUGGCAUCCCACUGGUGUCCAACAUCAAGAUCCGGGAGCAGCAGCGGAUGACCACCACAAACCCCUGGAUGCUUCCAUUUGAAGAGGCCUGGCCUGCAGACCACGUCUUCAUCUCCACGCCAUCAUUCAACUAUACCCGACAGGACUACCAGCGCUUCUUUAAAGACAUUGACUUUGAAGAUGGCUGGUUCAUGUGGGAAGACACCAGAAACUUGACAGCUGGUCUGCCCCCUCCUGGUGUUGAGAUGUACUGCUUCUAUGGUGUGGGGCUGCUCACACCGGUUACCUAUAUUUAUGACGACCAGUUCCCAAAUGCAGACCCCAUAGACUAUGUGUAUGCUGAUGGGGAUGAUACAGUGGACAGUCUUAGCCUCGGUCUUUGUAAACGCUGGAGAGGGAAGCAAGCACAGCCUGUCCAUGUCAAGGAAUUCAGGUCUAUGCCCCACAUGGAAAUAGUAUUAAAUAGGAAGGUGAUCAAUGUGGUCCAGAGUAUUCUGGAGGGAAGAUAUCGUGAAGAGGAUUCUACAUUGAUGAACUGAUGAAUGUCCCAUUGAUUCCACACUCAUGCAAGAUCAGGCCCAGCUGGACCAGCCUCCCAAAUCUAUACUGUAAGCUUUUGGGGAGAAGAUUAUUCACCCUCCCAAUAUACAUACUAUUACUGAUGCCAGUAGGCUAGCUACGGAGGUGGACUUAUACACAAUGUACAAACCAUUAGGAACACCUGCUCUUUCCAUGACAGACUGACCAGGUGAAUCCAGGUGAACACUAUGAUCUCUUAUUGAUGUUACUUCCAAUUUCAAUCAGUGUAGAUGAAGGGGAGGAUACUGGUUAUAGAAUGAUUUUUAAGCCUUGAGACAAUUACCACCCCAUAAUAUUAUUUGUGCCUCUACCAGAUGGAAACUAAAAGUGUAAUGGCACUUACAAAUGUAGAUCCUUCAAACACCCUCAAACAGGGAAAUGGAUCCCAAUCAAAGGUGUUAUCAUGUGCUCCACUAAGGCAGUUAUUUGUGUUAUAACUUUUCCUUGUGGUAAAAAUUGUGGGUAAAACAAAGCGCAAAUUAAAAGUAAAAAUCAUGGAGCAUUGUAGCACCAUUAGGUGCAAAAACUAGACGUACCCAGUUGUGGCCCACUUUUUGGAAGCAAACCACUAUUUCGUCCCUUCGUGAAAUCGCCAUCGAACAUGUCACCCUCCCUAGGAGAGGGGGUGACCUCGACAAUUUAUUGUUAAAACGAGAGGCCGCCUGGAUCUUUAAUUUAAAGACCCCCUCUCUCUUGCUCCCUUCGGUGUCAAUGUAGACUUUGAUCUGAAGCCAUUCUUGUGAUUGUGAUUUUCCUAUACAUUGUAAAUGUUUAUGGGCCUAUGUAGCCAAAUUGUACCUAUGACUGUAUGCUACCCAUUCAUGCUUUUUAUAUGUUCUAUUUAUAUCUGUAAAUCAACCAAUGAAAUCAAGCCACACCCAGCCAUGAUUAAACACCUGUGUGUCCUUUAGAGAGUUUCAAACUAGUGAACCGCAGUGUUUGUCAUUAUACCCUGAUGAAGAUGGCUUGUCUGUCAAAACGUUGGUUAUUAAAGUAUUGCAUCUGAGCUCCUA